AUGGCGCUACCCGGUACUUUACUCGUGCGUCUGAGAGCUGUCUGCAACCUUGGGAAAUAUGUCGAAAGGAGAAGUAAAGCUGGUUUAAAUGUCACAGAUGUGCGGUGGUACAAGACAAACCCCCGUUCCCUUCAGGACAGCACGCCUCCCGUCAAACAGGGUAACGCAGAUCUUCUUAAGGAGUUCCGCGACCCGAAAGGCCUUCUUAAUAACAUCAUCUCCCGGUCACUGGGAGUCAACGACCUGUCUCAGUUGAUCCAGUACAACUGCACAGAGCAUGGAGAUGUCAAGAGAGCCACUGUCACAGUCAUGUGGCCCAGCAGAAUGGAGAUGGAGGGCAUCGCCCCAAAGAAGAUCGAUGCCGAGCGAUUCGCUGCAGCCGCUGCAUGUCACAGGUUGAGAGAAUUGGGUGUACUCGGUCCUGAGAACGAAUUGCCCAGCAGGAGGGCAGCUCGAAGCAGGGGGGCCUUGGUGUCCCAGCUGUACGAAACGGAGGACGGCGACAUGAGAGACCCUGCUGCUGCUGCUGCUGCUGCUGCUUCUGCUGCUGCUGCUGGUGGUGAAUCUGCUUCAGCUCCUCCCGGAGGCUUCUCCCCGUCCUACUCCGAAGUGCUCUCCCUGUUUCCCCGGCCCAAAGAGCUGCUGAGCAGGGUCAUCCAGGUGGCCACGUCGUCAAACACGCCCAAGGAGUAUCUUCAGUACAGGAGCACGGGAGGAAAGGUGAAGAGGUGUGAGCUCACCAUUCUGUGGCCGGAGGAGUUCAAGGUCACGGCGACGGCCAGCAACAAGGUCACAGCAGAGAGGAGAGCUGCGGCGAUGGGCUGCAUGAGGAUGAAGGAGCUGGAGCUGCUGGACAAGGACAACAACGCGCUGACCCACGCCUCGUACAACCGUCAGGAGGUGAGGGCGGCGGGCGAGCGGGAGAGGAGGCCCGUGUCGCUGCACAUCCCUCAGCACCUGGAGGACAGCAUGAGGGACUACCUCGCCCAGUACCCGGUGGCGAACGAGAUGCAGAGGCUGUAUGAGGAAGAGGAGCAAGCCCAGAAGACCCUCAGCCAAGAAGAGGAACUGGCCGGAAAGGACGAGGGGGAGGAGGCGGCGGAGGACCUGCUGACGGACGCCAUCACCGGCCGCCAGCGCCGCCCCCUCACGGCCCAGCAGGAGGAGCAGCUCAGCGGCGAGCUGUGGGAGCGCUGGGAGCGGGCGGACCCGGGCCUGGGCGUGGCGCUGCCGGUGGACGGGCACCGGGAGCGCGUGGUGUCGGCGGUGGAGGCGUCCCGGGUGGUGGUGAUCGCCGGCGAGACGGGCUGCGGCAAGACCACGCGCAUCCCCCGCUUCCUGCUGGAGGGGCGCGUGCGCGGCGGCGACGGCGGCGGCUGCAACGUCCUGGUCACCCAGCCGCGGCGCAUCAGCGCCGUGUCGGUGGCCCAGCGCGUGGCCCAGGAGAUGGGCCCCGUGCUCAAGGGCUCCGUCGGCUACCAGGUGCGUCUGGAGGGCCGGCCCCCGGAGCAGAGCGGGGGCGCCCUCCUCUUCCUCACGGUGGGCGUCCUGCUGAGGAAGCUCCAGGGGAACCCAAGCCUGCGGGGGAUCAGCCACGUGGUGGUGGACGAGGUGCACGAGCGCGACGUCAACACGGACCUGCUGCUGGCGCUGCUGCGCUCGGCCCUGCGGGAGAACCCCGGCCUGCGCGUGGUGCUCAUGAGCGCCACCGGGGACAACGGCCGGCUCUCCCGCUACUUCGGGGACUGCCCCGUGGUCAAGGUGCCGGGCUUCAUGCACCCGGUGCAGGACCGCUACCUGGAGGAGGUGCUGCAGGAGAUGAGCAGGAGCCCCCGCCCGCCGCCGCCGCCGCCGCGGACCAAGAGGGGCCCGCCCCCCCCCCCGGGGAAGGAGGGGAAAGAGGAGGCUGCACCAGACCUGGAUCUGGUGGCUGAUGUGAUCGAACACAUCGACAGACACGGAGAGCCAGGUGCGGUGCUGUGCUUCCUGCCUGGCUGGCAGGACAUCAAGGCGGUCCAGGAGAGGCUGGAGUCCAGGCCCCGGUUUGCCUCGGGCUCCCAGAUGAUCGUGGCUUUGCACUCCAGUUUAUCAGUGGCCGACCAGCAAGUCGUGUUCCAGCGCCCCCCGCUGGGCCGAAGGAAGAUCGUCCUGGCCACCAACAUCGCGGAGACGUCCAUCACCAUCGACGACAUCGUUCACGUGGUCGACGCGGGAACGCAGAAAGAGCAGAACUACGACCCGCGCACAAAGGUCUCGUGUCUGGACACGGUGUGGAUCUCGCGCUCCAACAUCACCCAGCGGCGAGGCCGAGCUGGGCGCUGUCAGCCGGGCCACGCCUACCACCUGUUCUCCCAGGAACGCCUGGAGUCCAUGCCCAGCUUCCCCAUACCCGAGAUCCUGCGUACUCCCCUGGAGAGCCUGGUGGUCCAGGCCAAGGUUCACAGUCCAAACCUCAAGGCGGUAGAUUUUCUGUCCCAGGUGUUAGACAGUCCAGAGAAAGAUGCCGUGAAAGAUGCGGUGCGAACCUUACAAGACAUCGGGGUUCUGGACAGGACGGAGAACCUGACGCCACUCGGCGAGCGCGUGGCGGGCCUGUCAUGUGACCCGCGGCUGGGCAAAGUGCUGGUGCUGGCGUCCAUGUUCCGCUGUGUCAUGCCCAUCCUGUCGGUGGUCGCCUGUCUGACCCGGGACCCCUUCUACAACAGCAUGCAGAACCGAGGUCUGGUCUGUAAGGCCAAAGACGCUCUGAGCGGCUCCAGCCACAGUGACUACCUGGUGCUCAGCCGUGCGGUGCAGGGCUGGAGAAGGGUCCAGCAGGAGGGCGACCGGCAGGACCGGCAGUGCUAUCUGGAGGACUACGUCCUGUCGGGGGCGAGCCUGCGCUUCGUCAACGGCCUAAUCAAUCAGUUCAGUGAGAACCUGUACCAGGCCCAGCUGGUGUCGCGGGCCAGCGAGUGCCAGCGGGCGGCGUCCCUCUACAACCAGCAGAGCCACCAAGACGAGCUGGUCAAAGCCGUGCUGCUGGCUGGCCUCUACCCCAACCUCAUCCAGGUGAAGAAGGGAGUGGUGACCAAAGGAGGCCGUUUCCGUGCCAACGGCCUAGCUUACCGCUCGCAAACUGGACCGGUCAUGCUGCACCGUGCAUCGGUCAACAGGGGGAAGAACCAGCUCCCAAGCCGCUGGCUGACGUUCUUCAGCGCGGUCAAGUCCAGCGACAGCGUGUUCAUCCGGGACUCGUCUACCGUGCACCCGCUCGCCCUCCUGCUGCUCACCGACGGGGACAUCGUCGAGACCGUGCGAGGGCAGCGUGUGGAGGUGUCGUUCCCCGGCCGCUCCCUGGUGCGCUGUGAGCUGCCCGUGGACAGCUGGGAGCUGCUGUGGGAGCUGCGCACGAGCCUGCAGACCAUGCUGCACCGCAACCUCAGCCGGCCCGACGGCCCCCGGGCCGGCGCCGCCGUGGCGCAGGACGCGCAGCUCAUCGACCUGCUGGUGCAGCUGCUGAACCACGACGCCGAGACGCACCCGUUCAGGGGCGAGCACGGUGGGGACGGCGGCGGCAGCAGCGACGGGGACAGUGACAGCGAGGUCGACUGAUUCUAACGCGGCUUGGCUAUGUUAUUAAAGUUUGAAUGGUGUGUGUGUGUGUGUGUGUGUGUGUGUGUGUGUGUGUGUGUGUGUGUGUGUGUGUGUGUGUGUGUGUGUGUGUGUGUGUGUGUGUGUGUGUGUGUGGUAGUAAGGGUGUGUGUGUGUGUGUGUGUGUGUGUGUGUGUGUGUGUGUGUGUGAGAGUGAGAGAGGCAGCAUUGUACAGAGAAUGGUUGUUCUUUAACAAAGUGUGACAAUGUUCAUUGCUUAAAUCAUUUGUUACUGUAGUGUGCUGUAUGUGGAGAUUUUUUGGUGGUGCAUACAAAUCCACUCAGUAGGUACUGCUAUAUUCCUUUUUGUAAAUAUGACCAUGUAUCAAUGAGGUCAGAUUCGUAGUGGUGCGUCGCACCUUGUUUGGAAUGGAUUUGUCGAUGGGCGAUCAUUAUUUUGCUUCGUAAAGCAGAUGUUGCGUUUCACCGUGUGAACGAGAAGUCAUGAAUCUGUCUAAUAAUUUAUUGAGUCGAAAAUUAAAACAUCAGAAGUAUGUGUAACACUCAUUGUUAUUUUGUACAAAAUCUCAAGAUGCAAAAUACUCAAAAGGCGAAUGUUGCAUUAAUAUAAAAGAAAAACUCCCCAUUUUGGCUUUUCUACGCUCACUAUUCUCUGUUCAAGAGAAAUCCUUCAUAAACUGUUUGUGAAAAUUGCCCAGACGUCUCAGUACUUCCUCCAUUGUAUCCACAGAGUUCAUGAUGCAGAGUCUGUGGAAAAAUAAGGAGAAGGUUUUACUUAGGUCUACCUGAAAUGCACUCAUAUGGAAGCUAUAGGUAACCUUUAAUUAUAUGCCAAUUUAAGGAAGUUAAGGCAUUCUCAAACAGGACGAUUUUCUGAUGUCAAAAUUAAUUGGAGAUGUGGACUUGUAAUGAACAGCAACAACACAAUAAUAAAAACAUUUGUGUUUAGUGUUUGAGGAGCCUAAUGCUUCAUAGGAAACUAUUUUUUCAGGGCUUUGUACCGGAUGUGGUAGGUUCCCUCUGGUAGUCCAAGGUCAGAACCGGGACAUACGCACAAACCCGUCUGCUCCAGCAGCCUGGAGCAAUAGAAGAAAUCCGGAAGCUGUUCCUCCUCCUGAAAUAUAACAAGGACAUGGGUAAUGCGUAACCUUCCAAACCGUCGGACACAAAGAUUUAAUGCCAUCGUUAGCCAGGAUCCGUACAACUGUUCGGCCCAAUCCCAUUUCUACCCCGUACCCCUUCCCCUUGGCCCUUGUUUUGAAGGGGUAAGGGGUAGAAAUGGGAUUGGGGUCAUAAGCGGUGCUCUCUGACCUUGGCUUGGUGAAUGGCAAUGUGUGGAAGAUGUAAUCUGGGGAACAUGGAGGCCCCUCCAUUUAUUUGUUCACAGCUGAUUCCUGGCAAGCUGUUGAGAACCUCAAAGGCU